CUAAAAGGAUGUCUGAACCUUGUCCUGAAGAAGAUAGGAUCAGCAACUUGCCAGAACACUUGAUAGAUUCAAUCUUAGCGCGGGUCCCAGUUGGGGAUGCUGUGAGGACAAGCAUUAUAUCAAAAAAGUGGAGGUGUGGAUGGACCACGAUGAGGGAACUUGUUUUUGAUGAGCAGUUCUCUGAAAAAUUUGCAAGAAACAGAGCUUCUAAUUAUCAUAAUGGGUUUAUUAGGAUUAUAAACAAAGUCUUGUUCCUUCACAAGGGUCCUAUCUUGAAAUUUCAUCUCCAUAUACCAUACGUAUUUCAUGAUAGCUUCAAUGAAAUUGAUCCGUGGUUGUCAUUCUUAUCAAGAAACGGUGUCAUGGAACUCAUUCUUACUAAUUCAUGUCGACGUUAUGAACUCCCUUCUUAUUUUUUUUCAUGUUUAGAAUUAAGAAAGUUGAAAUUGGAGAACUGUUUCUUCAAGCAACCACUUGAGUUUCAAAGAUUUCUUAAUCUUGAAUAUCUUUAUCUCAAGAAAGUUGAUUUUGGGGCUAACUUGUCUGGAACUCAAAUCUCCUUACCACAGCUAAUGGAUCUGUCCAUGCAUUCGUGCACAAAUGUUAGCAAUUUCAACAUCAAGGCUUCAAAAUUGUCCAGUUUGGUUGUCUUAAAUUGCCCUGGUGCCAUGUUGCUCAGGUUUUUGAAUAAUCCAUCGCUUACUCGACUUGAUAUACAAGAUUUUGUUGAAGGGGAAGUAAUAGAUUUGGCCAGGGUGUUAUGUAACUUGCCCGAGCUUGAAGAUUUAUCUAUUGAUAGUAAUUCUCUUAAGUUAUCAGGUAAGUUAAUAAUCACUUUCACUUCACAGCUUUUAUCUGCCGAUAAUAUUUCAAAGAGCCUUCCACAUCUAGUUAAUAGUUUAAAGUCUCUGGGGUUGAGGAAUUUUCAACUUAGUAAUUUGGAUCAACUUCAUGGUGCUCUUUGUUUGCUUCGGAACUUACGGAAUCUAAAACAUUUUGUAAUAAACGUGAAUAUGGAGCCUCAAGUUGAUGUGGGAGCAGCUUCAAAUCAUUUAGAAACCCCAAACUGUUUGAAAUGUACAUUGGAUCAGUUGCAGACUGUGGAGAUAAUAUGUUUAGAAGGAUCAAAACCAGAACUUUUUUUUAUAAAGCUUCUUCUUGCUCAUUCCCCAUCUCUUAAGGAGAUUACCAUUACACCAAGUAAAGCUUCUCGUGUUCAAAAAUGACUUGACAUUGCUAAGGAUAUUAUGCAGUUCCCUCGAGCCUCACCAAAAGCAAAAAUGUUCUACUUGGAUCCGGAACUAUAAUCAUAAGAGGUGCAUGUGCAUUGGGGAAGAGAUAUGUGUAGUGAUCAUAGCAAACAUCUAUGUUGAAGAACAAAGGGAAGUUGAUUGGUUGAAACAGAAAUACUAAAAUAUAGUGUGGUUUAUUUAUAUUAGAAAGAACUUCUGAUGUGCUUCUAGGUUGAUAUAUGGUAAGGACAUGGAUUUUGUCAUUUUGAGGUGUAAUGCUAAAAAGACAUUGAAAUCGUUAUUUUGACAAGAAGUUUCGUUAAUCCUCAUAUCAAGUAGCAUGUAUGAAAGUGAUUUGUAACUCAUUGAAUAUAUA